AUGACGGCCACGCCAACAUCGCAACGGAAAGUCGUGCUCCCCAUUCUGCCUCGCUACCACGGACGCUCACAAACUUUGGAGUGCUUCGAACCAAUGUCGAGUCCAUCCCCAGACAAAAGGCUUCGGAAUAUUGUGGAUCAAGUCUCAGAACUGACACUGCAGUCAGCUUCAGCUUCGCAAACCGCCGAAGAAACGACCUACAAGACACCGACUCCACAGGAGCAACGGCAUUGGAACAGCAGUAGUCUUGCCUCCAGACUGAAGGCACAGUCCGCACCCAGCAGUUCGGAAACAAGCUUGGCUACGCCAGUCUCCUACAAACGACAAUUAUUUUGGACACCGACAAACGGGAACCUUUCUCUUCAAAGGAAAAGGAGUUGUACCAAUUCGUUUCUCCUCCAAAACGCUCCUCGUCUCCCUACUAGCCCCGACUUUUCUGCACGAUAUGACACUCCCAAGCUCGAAGAUGGUGUACCAAUGCUUCCAGAAAUUUUUUUUCCGAGCUUAGCACCUGCCACACAAAUACCCGAGCUGGAACAAUCAAGAAACAAUCCACAUCCUCCCCCAAUGCCCCUCAUGUCUCCCUUGCCGAUAUCGGAAAAUUGCUUUUGUUUCCAACCUUUGAAAAUGCGUCGUGGGGAAACCCCCUUUUUAUCACCGUAA